AUGGUGGCUACCAGGCUCGAGUCCCGCAAGUCUCUGCUCGGCGCCGAUCCAGGCUUCGCUGAGCAGAGCAUGCAGUACCAUGAAAACUACUCGCCCAACCAGAACUAUCCCGACGCCUACACACAAGACUAUCCCAACGGGCCCUACGCACAGCCUUCGCUCGCCCAGCCCACCUACGCCGAAAACUCCAACAUGGUGGACCACGACUUCCAGCAGGGAUACGCCGCACGCGAAGGCCUGACGUCGAGCCACGCCGUUAGCACCCACCGCGACAACUUUGGCUUUCUUAAGCGCAAAUGGCCCGCUGCCUUCAUGGCCGUGACGGGACUCCAGGCCAUCAUCUGCCUUGGGUUUGAAGCUUACGUCUUUGGCAAAUUCCAGCUGAGUCUCGGCGCCCAUGUUGACGAACCCCGCGUCCAGUCGCAAUACCUCACCAUUCCGACCUUUCUCACUCUCUUCAUCUUUGGUUUCCUCUACGAGCUGGUCAUCGUCUGGGAUGCUCUACGCAUGAAAAACACCAUUCAAGUCAUUGGCGUCUGCAUCGCCAACCUAGCCCUUCUCGUCUACACCGCCAUCCAAGUCGACCAGAUUCAGAUGGCUGUUACCGUCCUCGGCGACAAGAAUGCUCUCGCGCCCGGCAUCACCUCGCAUGAGCUCUGGGGCGACAUCAAGGCCUUUCUCGUUGCCAUCCCCGCCAUCAUUGCUCUUGCCACCAUCUGCAUGGCUUUUUGCGCCUGGAAGCUGUAUCAGGAAUUUGCCUGGGAUAUCCUCAAGAACAUUGGCGCAGAUUACCGCAUGAAGAAGCGCUUCCUCCACUACCAAAUUUACAUUGCUCUCCUCAAAUUCGAUUUCUUCUUCUUCCUCGGCUUCAUCAUUCAGUUCGUCGUCGUUGUCGCCAAAAAGUCCGAUCCCGAAUUCGCCGUCACCGUCGCCUCCAUUCCCGUCACGAUUGCUAUUCUUCUCGCCGCCGCCUUCUUCACCAAGAAGGAAAACAAGGCUGGCAUGGCCGUUACCCUGGUCUUCUACAUUGGAGGGCUUGUGUACUUUGUUUUCAAGCUCGUUCGCAUCUAUCAACCUGGCUACAAGGAUCUCUACACGGCCGUUCGAAAAUCCUUGACGGCCUUUGCCGUCAUCACCAUUCUCCUGAUCAUCCUGACCAUUGCCAACGGCAUCAUUUGCAUGCGCAACUUUGGCGCGGGCCUCAAGCCCCAUCUGCAGUCCAGCAAAAAGGUCGAGGAGAGCCCUGACGCCAUGUCUUUUAGUCUAAACGACGUUAAGGCCACUGUCCCCAGCCGAAUGACCAUUGACUAG